CUGUGAUCGACUGGUUGUACUGAAGCACAAUGCAAAGUGCAGAGUCGGUUGCAGGUUCAUCGACUGAUGGCCACAAUGAAUUGGAUUUUAAAUGUUUAUUAUUGAUAAUAUAUUUAUAGAAAAUAGGCCAGCUGUCGACGCUGGUCAUAAACUGAGACUAUAAUUCCAAGAGGGGUGUGAAUCGUAUUAGCUUGUUUGUAUGUGGCAAUAACGGGGUAAAUAAGCUAGCUAACGUUAGCAAUGGUUCUAAUGAUGGAAUCGCAAUGUGAGUAUUUUAUGUAUUUCCCUGCUGUUUCCAUCACGGACCUUUCCGACCCGUCAAAAUACCGAACUCUCCCCCGUCGCAGUCACCUCUAUCUCGGUGAGACCGUGCAGUUCUUGUUGGUCCUGCGGUCCAGAGAUGAACGGUCCGGUUCGGACGGGACAAAGGGAAACGGGGAUAGUGACUGCGGUACCCGGGCUUGGAAGGAGCUGGUAGGGUCCCUCUCCGCUGUAGCAAGUGUGUGCCCUGGCGAGAGCCGACAUCGCUCCCAACUUCACCCACACGAGUUCCAGAGAAGCUACAGCGACGACGGUGCAGACGAGGACCCCGACGAGGUCGACUUUGCUGCGGGUACAGCCCAUAUAGGCAGAAGGGAGUCCAGGAACCGAGGCUUCAGAGAAUGCAAGCCGCUUCUCAUUCACAAUAACACCGGGAGUGAUGGGCGGCAGUAUCGGCGGGCACCGAUGCAGUCACCCAUGGACAAGCCAGUGGUACUGAACGAUGAGGUCAUCUUCCCUCUGACCGUCUCAUUGGACAAACUCCACAUCAACACGCUCAAGGUCAAGAUCGUAGUGACAGUGUGGAAGCAGGAGAAGGAGAAGGCAGAGAUCAGGGAACAUGGUUACCUCACCAUCCUACAGCUGAGGAGUCCCACACACACCUUCAGACAGGACCUCAACACCUUCAAGGCCCAGGUCAGCACCACCCUGAGUGUUCUUCCUCCUCCGACUGUGAAAUGUCAACAGAUUACCGUCUCCGGGAAGCACCUGACCCUUCUCAAAGUAUUAAACUCCAGUUCCCAGGAGGAGGUGUGUGUUAAGAACGUGAGGGUUCUUCCUAACUUCAACGCGUCCUACCUCCCCAUGAUGCCUGAUGGCUCUGUACUCCUCGUGGACAAUGUCUGCCACCAAUCAGCGGAGGUUACCAUGGCAUCAUUCCACAGAAUGAACAGUAGCUCCUCCCACCUUCCCAGCAUGCUCUCUGCCCUGGAGGAGCAGAACUUCCUGUUUCAGCUGCAGCUCAGAGACCAGCCAGAGGAAGAGUCCAGCGAGGGUCUGGAGGUUCCAUUGGUGGCUGUGCUGCAAUGGUCUACCUCUAAGCUUCCAUUUACCAGGUACAUUUCGACCCACUACCAGCUACCCAGCGUGAGACUGGACCGCCCCCGUUUAGUGAUGACAGCUUCUUGUCAGAGUUCCGUGAGGCCGCUGGAACACUUCCGGGUCAAAUACACCCUCCUCAACAACCUGCAGGACUUCCUGGCUGUACGCCUGGUCUGGACACCCGAAGGACGUGGUCGGCAGGAGGACCCGUCAGCGAGUUCUGUGGUGUGUCACUCCCCCCUCAACAACUUGGGACAGUGUCGGAAAGGAUCCACCCUCUCCUUCACAGUUGCCUUCCAGAUUCUCAAGGCAGGACUGUUUGAGUUAAGCCAGCACAUGAAGCUGAAGCUCCAGUUCACAGCGUCCUGUUCCAACCCCCCUGCUGAGGCCAGGCCCAUGUCUCUGUCCCUGUCCCGUCACAACUCUCCCUCCAGCCCUGCUGUUAGAGACCUGCUGGACAGACAGAGUAUGGGACGGUCACAGAGCUUCUCUCACCAACAACCCUCACGGUCACAUCUUAUGAGGACGGGCAGUGUUAUGGAGCGCCGGGCCAUCACUCCUCCAGUGGGAUCUCCAGUGGGUCGACCCCUCUACCUUCCCCCCGAACGCCCCAUCCUCUCACUGGAUAAGAUCGCCAAGAGAGAGUGUAAGGUAUUGGUACUGGAACUUGGAAGAGACUGGGAGAGGGAGGGGGGGUUGGAGGAAUGAGGUAGAGAGGAAAUAAGAGAUGUAACGGGUGAUUUAGAGGGGGGGGGAGAGACAUUUCUCAUUGAGCAUUUCAUCCAACCUGAAACAAAACGCAAAAACUGUUUCACACAAAAAUACAGACCACAGUCACCACACUGAAUGACUUACUCUACAUGAUCCACAUCAUUUCAAGACACCGGAGGAGUUACUUUCCACACAAUUAUUUUUCCUUUUUUUAAACUAUUAUUUCAACAUUCUGUUUUAUUCCUUGUUUUAUGUCUUGGUGUGUAAUUAAAUAACUGUUUUACACCAAAAACAUCGGGUGGCAUGCUAGAUCUGCAGUAAUAUUUGGGCUGCCAUUUAACGUGAAAUUCACAGGGUUUGGUUAAUUAAUAAACUUUUAAUAUAUUGUCUGACUAACACUGUUCUGCAUGCGACAUGUUUGAUGUAAAACUUUGGAUGUUAAAGCUAGACUCCUUGAGUCAAGCAAUAACAAGCUCUACCCCGCCUCUGUUUUUGUAAAAAGCUUUGGGAUAGGCCUGGAGUGAUGUAACCACUGUCAUAGACAGAGCUAUGGAUGCAAGGACUGACCUUCUAUGAUAUCAACAUGAUCAUUUAGCCAUGUUUUGAGGCUGUACAGUGUUUUGUUUACAUUGUUUUACUCGAAUGUUUGGAAGCAAACUUAUAUUUUGGGUUCUGAUGAGGUACGGCAGCUGCUCAUGAGGCAUUUAUAAUAUUCUUCAAGAAUCAAUGAGUGUAUAUAAUUCAUAAGUAAAACAAAAUUGAUGUAGCAACUAAGGAUUUUAGCUUUAACAAAAGCACCAGGAUGACCCAGAGAAUGGGCUGAGUUCGGUGUCAUUGUGGAAAAACUGUAGUUUCAUUCUUGUUACAAUGUGUUGUAGUUUAGUGACUAAGGGCCACAGUCUCUACACUGAAUUUAAAACGUUUAAUAUUUUGUCUUUACACUGGCAAUCAGAGAUUUUGUGUUUAUGCUAAGUGUAUUUGUCUGAUUUUGAUUAUUUUAUUUUGUCAGCAUUGGCUGCUGCUUAAAAGUCUAACAUCUCAUCUCCUUAGUACACUACGUAUUAGUACACACUCCAUGAUAGGGAAUAAUCCUGCAUCCUUUUCAGUCAAUUGUCUUUCCUUUGCGUCCCUAUACAACCUACAGACUAAUGGAUUUAACAAUGGUGGAAACUCUCUCUCCAAUACUUUCACAUCCAAGCCGUGAAAUUGUGCAAGUGCACAUUUUGGGAGAAGGGUGGAGAAUUGGGACAUAACCUGCCACUGUGGUUCACAGCUGUUAAAGCGUUGACCGGUUGAGCCUGUUGAUCGUUGAGGUCAUUCACACUUGACCUUAUUAUUAGGGAUUUAGUCCUCUUGGGUAAUCCAGAAUAGUGCAUUAUUUAAAGUCAGUCUCUGUAGAUGUUUUCAACUCUUUCCAUUUGUGUUAUGAACGAUCGGUGUGUGUGUGUGUGUGUGUGUGUGUGUGUGUGUGUGUGUGUGUGUGUGUGUGUGUGUGUGUGUGUGUGUGUGUGUGUGUGUGUGUGUGUGUGUGUGUGUGUGUGUGUGUGUGUGUGUGUGUGUUGUAUGCUUCUGAAUGAGCCUAAAACACUGGAUGUAUAUUGUAUUUUCAUUUUAUUUUCUGGUUCAUAAACCAAUAGGAAUGGCCAAGAGGUAUCUAUUCCCGAUGUAAAAGACAAUGUGAUAUUCGGUGGGGACAUUUCAAACAAUCUGUCUACUGAGUGGUAUGCCUCAUUUUCCCUGGACACAAACUACUUUCUUGUGUAUCCUUUGUUCAUUUCUAUAUCUUGUCAAGAAGGACAUAAGAGACUUGAGUAGAGGAUGUAGUUUGCUAUUAUCGUGUUUGUUUUUUGUUUUAUUUCUGAUUUAAAAACUCAUUGCAUUGUUAGAAAAGGACCCGUGAAUAAGCAUUUCACUGUUAGUCUCCACCUUUUUUAAUUUCACUGUUAGUCUCCACCAUUUUUAUUCCGAAGCAUGUGACAUUUUUUGUUGUUGUUGAUUCCAGACUUUGUUUAAGGCUAGUGAUAGAUCAUUGGUGAAGAAUAGAGAACAGUAAAGGACCGAGACAGCUGCCUUGCAGAAUACCACAUUUCCAUUAAAGAAGACCCUCUGUGUUAUAUUGGAUAGAUACAGUGCAUUCAGAAACUAUUCAGACCCUUUUACUUUUUCCACAUUUUGUUAGGUUACAGCCUUAUUCUAAAAUGGAUUACAUUGUUUUUUCCCCCUAAUCAAU